GAAGGCGGGAUUGCAGAGAAGGACACAGCUACUUGAGGAGUGAUGGCAGUGGAAUUCAUUACUGACAUUGUUGUUUACGUAUCUUCUUCUUCUUCUUCUUCUUCUUCUUCUUGAUUUAGUAGAAUCAAAGAAGCAAACAUCCGUUUCUAUUCUUAGUAUAUAUGGCAGAAGCUUGCGUGCAAGUUUGCUAUUGCCAGCAACAUAGAUGUAGGAAACUUAGUUCAAUAGGGUUAUUAGACUCCAACAAACAGGAACAUACUGACAGUCAAAUGUCAUGUAUUGUCACUGAAGUUGUUACAAAACAACAUUAUCAUAUCCACUUGUCCCUUUUAAGAGAGUGAAAUUCGCAAGCAAUGCUCAUCUAGUUGUCCCUUUUAAGAGAGUAUAAUUUGCAAGCAUUGCUCAUCUAGCUCUGGCAAAACCAAGCAAAGAUUCUAACUCAGCCUUCAUAGACAUUUCCAUCAGUCCCAAGGACUAACGAAAAUCAAGUGUGUUUAAUUCAGAAAGUACACAAAGGAGAAUGAGCUCACUUACUGCAACAACUGCCUAUUCAAUGACAAAGAAUCAUUUCUUUGGGUAGGUCGGAUGAUCUGGUCCAACAUCACGCGAACCAGUGUUUAUGUAUGGCCCUCGAAAAGUUGCCUGGGGUGGAAGCGCCUUUGAUGCAUCAAUUGGCUUCCUUGAUGUACUGGAUGACACAAAGUCUCAUCAUUUAAACUUUACAGCAUGAUUAAUAUG